AUCCCAUUUGAGCGGAUCGCGAGCUAAACCAAAUUGGGCAUACGAUUCGAUGAAUGAACUCAGCCUUGGUGGGAUAUCGCAUUCUCAUUUUGCAUGCGACCCUGUAUCUCGGGAAUGACGCCGGGCCAUAGCUCCUGAUGCCACACGGCGGCAAGGUUUAUGGUUAAGUCUCUGUUUCUCAUGCAUAUCUGGUAAAGGACGUUGUCUCGUUUGGGCAAGUGUCUCGAGCUGUCAAUAUUCAGUGGGGAUAAACUGAGGCUGUGAUGUUGCCGUUGUGCCGACUAUACAGCAUCUCCUAUAUUCAAGUUUGGGCAUGCGAGUCGACGGUGACAUGUAUAAGUAUGCCUGUAUCUCUCGAGUUGGGAGAAAUAUUCAAUAGAUCACAACAGAAAUACAAUCAUCACUUCUUCACUUCAUACUCUUCGCCUACCAUCAAUUCAUUUACAAGUCAACUAUUCUCCAAGGACCAUCUUGAAACUCAACUGACUUUUUGUUCACAUACUAACCACAACAAACUCAACUACAAUGGCUCGACCUAUGGACGCUCACGAUGACAUUGCCAUCGCUGAGAUUGUCAUCUAUACCUUCAUCCUCAUCGGAGCCCUCUUUCUCUGCAAGACUCAUGGCUUUGGACGCACUGCUGGCUGGCUCUACAUCUGCAUUCUAUCACUUGCCCGUCUAAUCGGCUCUUCUAUGCUCCUCGCAACUAUCAAUGACCCAAGUAACACAAGCCUUUACGUUGGCUGGCUUACACUGAACGGUCUCGGUCUCGGCCCCUUGAUCCUUAUCCUUCUCGGCCUGCUUAGUCGUUGCUUCGAUUCUAUCAAGCGACAGGGCGGCCGCGGCGUUCUACCGAUCUAUCAGCGUGCGAUCCAACUUCUGAUGCUUGCUGCCAUUAUCCUUAUCUCAGUUGGCGGUGCCAACUCGGACUACGAACUCAACGGCUCCUCUCCCAGCGUCAAGUACAACUCCGAGUGCAAGAUUGGUGUCAUCCUCAUGAUUCUUGUACUUGUCUUGGUUUUGGGCCAGUUCUUCCUUGCUCUCCGUAGCCAGUCCUACAUUGCUGAUGGCGAGCAUCGACUUCUUAUCGCCGUUGGUGCUUCUCUGCCCUUUGUCGUUGUCCGACUUGCCUACACCUGCGCCCUCAUCCUCGGCGGCCACAAGCAGGAUGUUUGGAUGUAUCUCGGUGCUGGUAUAAUUAUGGAGAUGAUGGUCGCGAUCAUCUGCGAGGCCGUUGGAUUCACUCUCUGUAAGGCUCCUAAGCCCACAGAGAGCCAGGAGAUGAUUAACAUCAAGGAUUCGACCGAAGCAUAAGCAAGGGAUGUCUAAGAAAAGUGGUGGAGAAGACUUUUGAAUAUAUUGUAACAAAAUGUUAAAGCGUUCGAUUUCACAGAUACAUUUGGGUAUAGAGGAGCCUUGAUCUACAUACAAUACAGCUUUCCUAUGUCUAGCGAGCAAAUAAAGACUUGAUACAUAUCUCCAUCAAUUCAAUUCUUAACGUG